AAAUCCCGGGAUUCGCAGCCGUAGCCGAACAAACGCUAACCGAUCUGAUCUCUCUCUUCGAAACUCAAAAACUCGAAAACUCAGAAACCAUUUCUAUUUCUUCUCUACUCGAACUUCAAGUCCCCUCUUCUUCAAAUGUACCCAACACAAAGAUUCCCCGAAAUUCCCUCUACUUUUCCCAUUGGCUUAUUUUUGAAUUUCUCUUCUUAAUUUUUAUUUUCUAUAAAUAAACUCAAUUUCCCAUAACAUUUCACCCUAUGGCAUUUUCGUAAUCAAUGGCGGCUACUUCUACUGCUCAGCUCGAUUUCAGACUGAGGGAUAUCUCUUGUUUACAUUAUAACAGUAACAAUGGAUUGAAAGAGCUGAGGAAGAGGAAGAGACUUUGUUUUUCGGGACACCGAACCCGGGUGGCUCGAAUUACUAGUUGUUGCUCUGACUCGGCUGUUCCGAUUCGGAGAAAGACUGGGGAGAUGUGUGAGGAACGGCGGUUCGAUCAGAAAAAGACUUCUCACAGAGUCCGAAUUCAAGCCUCCUCCGCAUUGCCCUUUGCUUCUACUCAAUCUUGUUUUGCUUCCAAACAAGAAAAAAUUUCUCCUCGUUGUACCCCAAGGAAUUCAGGUCCACAAUCUCGCGACAGUCCGCCAAAAAGAGACACGGGUAUUGCAAACGAGAAGGACUGGGGCAUCAGUUUGUUAAAUGAAAAUGUUAAUGAGUCUGGUACUAAUGAGGAUGGGAGUACUUGGUAUAGAGAAAGUGGGGAGGACCUGGGCGAGAACGGAUACCGAUGUAGAUGGACAAGAAUGGGAGGUCAAUCUCAUGAUUGUUCCUCUGAAUGGAAAGAAACGUGGUGGGAGAAAAGUGACUGGACGGGAUACAAAGAGCUAGGUGUGGAGAAAUCUGGAAGAAAUGCUGAAGGUGAUUCAUGGUGGGAAACAUGGCAAGAGGUGCUCCAUCAAGAUGAAUGGAGCAAUUUAGCAAGGAUAGAGAGAAGUGCCCAGAAACAAGCCAAAUCAGGCACUGAAAAUGCUGGAUGGUAUGAGAAAUGGUGGGAAAAGUAUGAUGCUAAAGGUUGGACUGAGAAAGGGGCACAUAAGUAUGGUAGACUGAAUGAACAGUCAUGGUGGGAGAAGUGGGGAGAGCAUUAUGAUGGAAGAGGAUCUGUUCUCAAAUGGACAGAUAAAUGGGCUGAAACUGAAUUAGGAACCAAAUGGGGAGACAAGUGGGAAGAGAAGUUCUUUGCUGGCAUUGGUUCACGUCAAGGGGAGACAUGGCAUGUAUCUCCGAGUGGUGAACGUUGGUCAAGAACAUGGGGAGAGGAACAUUUUGGAAACGGGAAAGUUCACAAAUAUGGCAAAAGCACAACAGGUGAAAGUUGGGAUAUUGUUGUGGAUGAGGAAACCUAUUAUGAGGCUGAACCUCACUACGGAUGGGCUGAUGUGGUGGUGGAUUCAAGCCAAUUACUAUCAAUCACACCUCGGGAGAGGCCGCCUGGUGUCUACCCAAGUCUAGACUUUGGUUCAUCAACUUCUAUAGAUGACGAUCAACCAGACUUUUUGCCACCAUCGUCAUAAUGAACUACUUUUACUUUUUACUUUUUACUUUUUAGUCUCAUUAUUUUGUUUUAUUUUACGAGGUUCAAAAAUCAUUUAAAUGCAAUCAUAUUGGUGGAAAUACUCUUGUAACUGGAUAUUUUUGAAUUUUUGUUCAAUUCUUUUUUUUUUUAAUAAUUAAUUCCUUCAUUUUAAGCUU